AUGACUGCUGUCUGCCCCGCUGAGAGCAGUCCGGAGGGGACUGCAGCCGGGGCCAGGGCAGCAGGUUCGAAGGGGUCGGGGCCAGCGGGCACUGCUGGGAGCAGCUCGGUUUCCGGCGGGGAGUCUAACGGAGACUCAGUCGGAGGCUCCGUCGGAGGCACAGCUGUGGUUUCUGGUGGCCAGAGGUACAGCCGCUGGAGCCGCCAGGACAGCUCCGACAUCAACACGGACGAUGAGGGAGCCACCAUCCGCCGUCUCACUCCACUGGAACGGCUGAACCUGGAUAUGUGCCAGGAUGACAGGGUCGUCCGCGAGAUGACAGUGGGAAGAAGAAUUGGCUUCUACAAAAUUCGAGGGGAGAUCGGUGUUGGAAAUUUCUCCCAUGUCAAGCUGGGAAUUCACGCCCUCACCAAAGACAAGGUGGCCAUAAAGAUCCUGGACAAAACCAAGCUGGAUCAGAAGACCCAGAGGCUGCUGUCCAGAGAGAUCUCAAGCAUGGAGAAACUGCACCAUCCCAACAUCAUACGCCUCUAUGAGGUGGUGGAGACGUUGACACGGCUACACUUGGUGAUGGAGUAUGCAGGAGGAGGGGAGCUCUACACCAAAAUAACCACGGAAGGGAAACUUUCUGACUCUGAUGGCAGGAUUAUCUUUGCUCAGAUCCUCUCUGCUGUUCAACACAUGCACGAGAGCAACAUCAUCCACCGUGACCUGAAGGCAGAGAACGUCUUCUACACCGGCAGCUCGUGUGUCAAGGUGGGGGACUUUGGCUUCAGCACGCUGAGCCGCCGGGAUGAGACACUAAACACGUUCUGCGGCUCUCCGCCUUACGCUGCGCCUGAGCUCUUUCGAGACGAGCAUUACGUCGGCAUCUUUGUAGACGUCUGGGCCCUCGGUGUGAUGCUCUUCUUUAUGAUGACGGGCGCCAUGCCUUUCAGGGCGGAGACGGUGGCCAAACUGAAGCGAUGCAUCCUGGAGGGGGCCUACAUCCUGCCCUCCUGGGUGCCAGAGGCGUGCCAGAGACUGAUCAGAGGGAUCCUUCAACCCAUUCCAUCUGACCGCUGCAAGGUGGAGCAGAUGAUGGGCUGUGAGUGGCUCCUCCCUGUGGACUUCCCGCGGUCGAUGGAGCCCUUUAAACUGGACCCGUCCUACCUUGCAGAGGGAGAUCCACCUGAACUCGGGGAGGAGGAGAUGGAGGUAAAGGCAGCACUGGAGACACUGGGAAUCACCUCAGAACACAUUCUCAACAACCAGGGGAAGGACUGCAGGAGCUCCAUCACCGGGGUCUACCGGAUCCUGCUGCACCGUGCUCACAAGAGGCGGGCUGUUCACAGCGUGCCUGCAGCCGCAAAGGUUGUCGGACCAACUAAGACAAGUAAAAAGGAGCGACUAAAAGUGUACCGUAAUUUACGGCACACGUCUAAACUCUGCGUGAUUCUGUGA